CCUCCCCUAGCUCAAACUCAAUUCCAACAUCUCAGACACCUCACACACCCUCGAGCCUCUCAGUGCGCUUGUCCUGUCCGACUUGUCCAACCUGGGCAAUAAUAAUCCUCGCUCUGCUCUCGUGCUCUCACGCUCACGCUCACGCGCCGUCAGGCGCUCUCGCUCUCGUGGUGUCUUGUCCAAGAACGCCCUAAGGCUUCGUUCGAUUGACAGAACGCUACGCCUCUACGCUACGCCUUCACGCCUCAAACAUGGACUGCUGACAGGACAGGACGGGAUCCUCGAAUCACACUUGCUCGCAGUCGCCGCUUUCCACCUCCACCUCCACCUCCACCUCCACCUCCACCUCGACCUCGGUCCACCAUUCUGUUUCUCUUACCACACCAUCGACGAGUGAUGGGCAUGCUGAUCAGCCACCCCAACACCAACACCAACAGCCAUUUAUCUUCGAUCCAUCGUGUGCGAGGAGUCGAGGACGCAGCGUGAAAAGCAGCUUGCCGUGUUUCGCCUUGACAGGACGACAGGCAUGGGUCGCUGGAAUGAAAAUCGAAAUACAGUAGCAUGGAGACGGGGAGGCGGACAGUAAUUGGAAUUAGCCAAACGCGGGGCCUGCAUGAUUGCUUGCUAGAGGUUGCAGCAGCCACCAUCGCCAUCGCAGAUCUUCCCGCGACGUAUAUGUGAAUAUAUGUGAACCUGAUCAAUAUCCUCACCUCGUCCAAGAGGUGUCGUUGAACUGCCGCUGCGGCUCUUCGCUGUCCAAGGCGACGCGCAUCUGUAAGAGAUGAAAAGCUGGAGAAUUUUGGCCUUGAUGCAAUCAAGACAUCUUGCGCCGGUUGGCAAUUCCUGGGCUACUGUACAGUACUGUACCAUGAAAUACGGGCCCAGUAGAUAAGACAAGCCCAGAAACCCCUUGGCAACACGCUGGGCAAGCCAUCGCCAAGAAGCCCCAAAUCCCCCAUCCAGAAGGUCGCUAUCGCUGUGCCAUUAAUGGUCCGUCCAUGCUGGUCUAGUAUCCGCUGCUGGUUUAGUAUCCGCAAUGUGCGUGACAAGGGAGGCGACAUGCCCCGUUGGACCCAUGGCGACCCAGAGCUGAGUUCGGGAGCGGAGCUCUGUUGAAUACAAAAUGAAACUGGUCCCCUCCCGUUGAUGUUACUUUUCCAGUCCCUGUAUCUCGCCAGCUCGAGGAUUCAUCAGCAACACGACUUCGCUCUGCGCCUAGUUGUCGUCCUACAUUCCUUCAAUACAGUAACGACCUAAUAAUAUGUCUAAGGAGGAGUAUCCUUCGGGGGCCGCGCCCAUCAAGGGUAGCGACACCGAGACUUCCCCAGUUCGCGACGCUGAGAAGGGUGCCAUCACCGCACACGAUCCUCUCACCCAACAUGGCGACCUUCCCUCCAACCGUGAGGUUGACUUCAUGACCCGUAACGGUCUGAAUCUGAAGAGUUUCCAGAAACGUACUGCCGCAGAUGGCCAAUUGGCUGAUCUCGAUAAGUCCAUGAAGGCUCGUCACUUGCACAUGAUUGCAAUUGGUGGUUCGAUUGGUGCUGGUUUCUUCGUCGGUUCCGGAAAGUCUUUCACCAGUGGUGGUCCAGCUUCCGUCCUGAUCUGUUUCCUGAUCGCUGGUGUCAUGAUCUUCAAUGUCGUCUAUGCUCUUGGUGAACUUGCCGUCAUGUUCCCUAUCUCUGGUGGUUUCUAUACCUACUCUAUCCGGUUUAUUGAUGCAUCCUGGGGUUUUGCCAUGGGUUGGAACUACGUCCUCCAAUGGCUUAUUGUCUUACCUCUUGAAUUAACAGUCGUAUCCUUCACAGUAGCGUAUUGGGACAAAGAUACCAGCGUGGCUGUUUGGAUUACAAUUUUCUGGGUCUUCAUCAUUAUCACCAACAUUUUCGGUACUCUUGGAUACGCUGAGGAGGAGUUCUUCGCAGCUAUCUUCAAGCUCAGCGCCACCGUCAUUUUCAUGUUCAUCGCUCUUGUCCUCGUCUGUGGCGGUGGACCAAAGAGUGGACGUUACAGCGAGUACUGGGGUGCCCGUCUUUGGUACGACCCAGGUGCGUUCCAGAACGGAUUCCGUGGAUUCUGCUCCGUCUUCGUCGUUGCAGCAUUCGCUUUCUCCGGAACCGAGCUUGUUGGUCUUGCCGCUGCUGAGGCCAAGAACCCGGCCAAAUCCCUUCCAGGAGCUAUCAAGCAAGUCUUCUGGCGAAUUACAUUGUUCUAUAUCCUCGGUCUUACCUUCGUUGGUCUCUUGGUCAGCUCUCAGGAUGAAAACCUGCUUAACGCCAAGAACCCAUACGCCGAUGGUACCUCGCCAUUCGUGCUUGCCGGAAAGUAUGCUGGCCUUAAGGGUUUUGAUCACUUCAUGAACAUUGUCAUUCUCGUCUCCGUUAUGUCCAUUGGUGUUUCUUGCGUCUACGGUGGUUCCCGUACCUUGACUGCUCUUGCCCAGCAAGGUUACGCUCCCAGAUUCUUCGCCACCAUUGAUCGUGCUGGACGUCCUACCUGGUCCGUCGCAGUCAAUCUUGCCUUCGGUGCCCUCGCCUAUGUUGUCCUUGCCUCAACCGGUAGCGUUGUCUUCGACUGGCUUCUUGCCUUGUCUGGUCUCGCUGCUCUUUUCACCUGGGGAUCCAUCUGCUUGGCACAUAUCCGUUUCCGUUCCGGCUGGGCUGCUCAAGGCCACACUCUCGAUGAGAUCCCAUUCCAAGCCAUCGGUGGAGUCUACGGAUCCUACCUAGGUCUCUUCCUUGUCUUCAUCUGUAUGGCCGCUCAAUUCUUCGUCGCCAUCGCCCCCAUUGGCGGUGGUCUCGCCUCGGCCGAGGACUUCUUCAAGGCUUACCUCGCUCUCCCAGUCGUCAUCCUCUUCUACGUUAUUGGAUGGGUCUGGAAGCGCAAGGGAUGGGUCAAGCUCGCUGACAUGGAUGUCGACACUGGACGUCGUGAGCACGACUGGGAAACCAUCAAUGCUCACCGUGAGCUCCUUGCUGCUAAGCCAGCGUGGAAGCGUUUCUUCAACGCUGUCUUCUAAACGUAUCUCGUAAUUGCAUGUUUCUUUCGUGUAACGGAAGGGAGGUGGAAAAUCAUUCGGAAUGGAUGGGGCGGCAGGGGAGUUAAUAGUGUGUGUAUACCCAUGAUAUUAGAGCGGUGGAGUAGAAUACUAUUACAAGCCAAAGCCAAUCGUUGAAUUCAGAUCUUGUAAUACAA